AAUGAAGUUUCAGGGGAAAAGUUUCUCUGUGGUGGGGGUUGAUAUGUUCAGUGCUUCGCCGGACUAAAUAUUUGCGUUUUAAAGACGGAUUGUCAACAACAAAAAUCGACAUCUAGGCCUACGUUUUAGUCAGUUUGUUACUGUUGUUCAAUUUUGUUGAAGGUUUGAGCAGCUGUUUGUUAACUGGUCGUGGGUUACCACUUUGCUAACCUCACCACUUUGCCUAUAACACUCAUUUCGAGUUAAUGACUUAAAAACAUGUCGGUUUCCGAUGAAAAUUCGAUUAAAGAUGUAGAAACAAAGUCAACGCUUAAAGAGAGUGACAGUUCUCCAAGACCCCAAGAUAACGGCGAGGGUGUCAACAAUUCGCGAGCUGUCUGCCGGGUUUGCAAAAGGUUAUACCGUGAACCUAAAAUUUUACCAUGCUUGCAUACAUUUUGCGCUGAUUGCAUUCGUCAACUGGAGCCGUUCUCACUGUCCGGAAUCAAUGGCAAAGCACUUUUACCCAAAAAGGAGUACAAUGGCAACCACGUUUCAGUCACCGUCUUGUGUCCGGAGUGUGACUCCGAGGUGGACCUUCCAACCUCCGGGGCGGAUGGGUUAACCACAGAUCACCUCGCUCUGGACGAGGUAUUCAUGGAGACUCUCUUGAACGAAAACUGCGUUGUGUGCGACCUCUGCAGCGAGGGAGACGCCGGGAAGCGAUGCGAGGUGUGCUGUGUCAACCUAUGCGAGUUUUGCAGUCAAGCCCACAGGAGACAGAAGAGGACGUCAUCUCACUCUAUCCAGAGCCUGGAAGAGCUGAAGACCCAGGGUCGCCUGUCGCGGCCAGUCCUUUGCACCCUUCACCUAGGACAGGAGCUGCGGCUCUUCUGCGAGCCGUGCGACACGCCCGUGUGCCUGGAGUGCGCCGCUACCUUCCACCGCGAGCACCGCUGCAGCCCGGCACGCGAUGUGGUCCAUCGCCACGGCGACCGCAUCCGCGAGAUGGUAGCGGGGAGCCUGCGCCCGCGCAUGGGCCACCUGGAGGAGUCGCUGCGGCGCGUGGAGCUGUCGCAGGACGAGCUGGGCAACCGGACGGAGGUGCUGGCGGCCGAGGUGCGGGCAUAUGCACGUGGCUACGCGGGCGCGGUGGAGGUGCACUGCCGCGGGCUCCUGCGCCGGUUGGAGGAGCUACGGACGCAGCGCCGCAACCAGCUGCACCUGCAGGGGGCACAGCUGAAGCAGGCGCUGACCGACGCGCGUGGCGCUGCCGACUUCGCCGAGCGUUUGCUCACCUGCGGCUCCGACGCCGAGAUCCUCAGCGCCAAGGCCGUCACGCUGCGCCGCCUCACACAGGUCGUCGAUACCGGCUACGACCCCAGCCCUGCUACCGUCGCCCUCGACGACGGGAGCAGCAUCUGCUUCCUGCCCUUUGAGAGUGCUGGGGAAGUGGAGGGAUACCCAGUGGUGGGGGUCAUCCAUGCCAAGAUGGUGGACCCCAGCAAAUGUACCAUACAGGGGGAAGGUGUGCAGCUGGGCCGGGAGGGCCAGAAGACAGAGUUCACGCUGGUCUGCCGCGACGCGUCCGGCGAACAGAUGGGCAAAGGGGGCGAUGCUGUGCUGAUCAGCAUUGUGCACAAGGAGACCAAGGACUGUACUGUGGAGGCGUCCAUCAUGGACCACGGCAACGGCUCCUACUCCAUCUCCUGCAAGCCCGUGGUGCCUGGGCCCUACUCCGUGUGGGUGUGUGUGAAGGCGCAGCACGUGAAGGGUUCUCCUUUCGUGCUGAACGUGAAGAGAAAGUUCAGACGACACCGCGGCACAUUUCACUGCUGCUCGUUCUGCUCCAGUGGGGGCGCUAAAGAGGCGAGAUGUGCCUGUCCAGGAACUAUGCCAGGAGGGUUCCAGGGCUGUGGCCACGGGCAUAAGGGGCACCCGGGCAAGGCCCACUGGUCCUGCUGCGGCGGCGUAGUGGAGGCGUCCGAGUGCCUGGUACAGGCGGUGGGCACGGUAACCGGCUCCCAGCUGAGGACUGUGGAACUCUGAAGCAUCUGGUGCCCCCCCCCCCCCCCACACACACACACACACUCACAUACCCACACACACACCCACUCACACACACAUACACACGUACUCAAUCUUUUGCCUCCUCUGAGAAACGGCCUCCACAUUUCCUCCACAUCUUUAUGCUCUCGCUCUCUACGCUCCUACCUCCUUGUAAUAUAGAUCAUCCUUCACAGUGUUUCAAUAUGUCUGAUACGUAUGCAUAUCAGUUUCUGUCUCACAUCUCUACGCCUGUGUGGUUACAAAGACACUACAAUGGAUUUCUCCCUGUGAAAGUCUGCACGGUUUGAUUCAAUUUAGAUAUGGCGCGACAGCCAAGAUGACCCAGGAUCUUUCUCUAUUUUUUUUUUUCUCCCCACAGUUGAAGCCUUCUGGGGCCACAUCAUUUUUUGGGGGAGGUUUGAUCUCCCGUUCUAAUUUAUUACCAUCCCUGUGCCAUUAGGGGUUUGAGCUCAGUUUCACCAUCCACGGUUAAGACACUACACUGAAGGAAAAAGAAAGACUACUUUUCCGUCCAUAGAUCAUGCACAUUUUCAUAUCCACCCCUCGAGCACUGCAAUGUAGAUAACGUGGAUUAGGCCAGUACGGCCGCUGAAGCUCAACAAAAGGAUCCUCUUGACGUAUACGCUAUAGGUACAGGUUCAGUGGAUCACAAGCCUCACUCAGUGGAAGUGACUUUGACUUUGACGCAUCCGUGGUGGCCAACCCCCCGACCAGAAGAUGAAAUGGUGCUUGAUGUGAUUAUUAUUCCGAUCACCGCCGCUUUUUAUGCGUCUGUUGCUUAGCCAGCAUAUUCCUGAUUGGUAUCAUAAUGUGUUUUAUAGGUCUGCUCUUUAUGACACCGUUAUGUGUUAUCACGGGAUUGUACUCUUUCUUUCUUAAUCACCAGCAAUCACCGAAUAUAAUGGAGACACUUUUCUUUGCCCUCUGUUAUUGACAUCAGUAAGCACACAGACCUUUUAGAUAUGCAUAAGCUAAUGUCGAUGUAAUCGCUGCGAAUUUCCACUCUGUGUUGUCUUGCAUGUUUUAGAAGUACCAAAGAACUGCCUCGCGUCACCAAUGGUGCCUUGUCCUUGUCUUGGAUGUCCUUGUCUUGUUUUUUCACUUUGGUUCCUGAAGAAACAAAAAUGUCUGUUUCUAUUUGUGGGUUCGAUCUGUGAUGUAGCCCAUUAUACUUACCUAACCAAGGUCAAUACGUUUGGACAUUUCUGACUUGCUCCCGUCCAUUGUCUUUCGUGGCGGUUACUGUAGAGACGAUGGACCAAACAAGAUAUGAGUGUUCUACGUGCCACUAGGGACUUGCUGUCCCACAACUGUCCAGGGAUGAUUUUUAGGGGGGGGACAGUAGAUAUUUAGAAAAAGAGUAACCUUUAUGGAUUGGAUUUGUUAUAAUUGUUUUGUUCUUUUGAUGUAACUUCCAAUAAAAACACCAACCUCUGCCAAAGCCUUUAUUGGUUUCCGAUAGCCCCGGUUGUAGUUGCUACUCUCCUGUAUUACCACUGAGCCUCAUGGCUGCUCUUGGCUGUUUCAGAACAAAUGUGUUGGCAUGGUUUGUGCACUUGGAGCCAUUUUCUUGGUUGUUUCUUGCACAUCGCUACACAUUGCGUGCCCACUGAAGGACACUGUCAAACAGGUCAGGCAAGUGUGAUCUGUAUAGGAUGAUUCAUAAUGGCUUCGUCGUCAUGGUUAUGUGAUGGAGUAGGGUGAAUAUCAGCACCUUGGCAUGCAGGCUGGGAUUUUGUGGAUUUUGUUUUCUGCUUGUCAUUCAGCUUAUUUUUAUGGUGUGAAAAUGAACCAAAACAUGUAGGCUUAACAUCACUCACUGUCUUAUUCACACUUCCAGAAGGGUUGAGGCAGUGCGAGAACUGCAUGUAGCACAAUGUACUUCCUUUCUUAGACUAAUGGGGGCAGUAGUAAGUCACAACUCGCACAACACACCUUAUGAGUGGUCAGCUUGUAAUAGGAGACUAAGAGAAGUAUGCAGGGAUGCCAGUGUCCCUGACUUAUGACUUAUGGCCUAAACCUCAAAAAAGGACCUUUUUAAGACCGUAAUCAUAUUUAAGCACACAU